GACACUUCCUCCGAGCGGUGAGGAGUGAGGAGCCCGCGGUCCAGGCGCCCCCUACCCUGCACCCUGACCUGGGACUUUCUCUGUAUCCCAGGGGAGCGCCGGCCAGGAUGAGGGACCGGAGGAAGGCGGCGGAUCUGCGGCAGCAGGGCGCGGGGAGCCGGAUCGCCAUGCGCGUCGUGUGGCUGGCGCUGUGUCUGACGCCCGUGUCCCGUGUGCUGCCCGCCGAGCAAGAUGCCGAUUUGCCUAUUAAGAACCUAAGGAUGGAGCCGGAGACGAGAAGGCUGACCUGGGACCUGAAUGGAAAUGUUUCUGAAAUUAAGUGCUUCAUUAACUCACAGGAGAUCACGCAGGCCGUCAACCGGAGCUUCUGUGAGUUCUAUGUGCUCCCCUUGUGUGCAGUGAGCAACUUCACGGUCGCCUCCAGCCAGGCUCCGGCCUUCUCGGUGUGGACGCGCUACCCCCCGCCAGCGGAGGGAAACCCGGAGGCGGCGGCACAGCGUCUGGGCUGCUGGGUGCACGGCGUGGACUUCCUGACGUGCAGCUGGGAGGCGGGCAGGGCGGCCCCCCGCGACCUGCAGUAUCACCUGUACGUGCAGGACCUCAGCACCUACGAGAUGCAGGAGUGUCCGCGGUACGAGGUGGACGUUCGGGGCACCCGCGUGCGCUGUCACUUCGCCGGCGUGUCCAGGCUGGGGGGACACAUCCAGGUGCUGGUGAACGGCUCCAGCCGGGGCGCCAGCAUCCCCUGCUCGGAGCGGACUGUGGAGCUCGCAGACGUCGAGAGAUUAACUGUGCCCAACAUCACUGGAACGUGUAAUAAAUCCUAUUCGAUCAUGGAAUGGAAAGUGUCAAGCCACUUCAAUCACAGAUUUACAUACGAACUUGAAAUACAAAAGGGCACAGACCCCCCCUACACAGAGAAGCCCCGGAGAAACUACUACGUGCUUCCCAAUCCCGGAAACUACGCGGUGAGGCUGAGGGUGCAGCUGUACUUCCGGAGAACCUGGAGCGAAUGGGGUGCCCCCCAGCGCUUCGACUGCGACGUCGGGGACGAUGGGCACUUCCGAGACUGGCUCACGUCCUCGCUGAUUCUGCUGGGCUCCCUGCUGUCCCUGGGGCUGGGGGUCGCGCUGUGCGGAAGGUACUCGCUGCUGCGGAGACUCUUCCCCCCGAUCCCUCACAUGAAGGACCCCAUCAGCGACAACCUGCAGAGCAGCAAGGUGGUGGCCUGGGAGGCCAGCAGAGCGAGCGGGGAGGACUGCCAGGUGGCGGAGGUGCAGGUUCUGGGGGAGACCUGAGGCUGGAGCUCAGCCCUCGUUCCCGGCACAGCCGGGGCUGGGACGGCGUGCAGCUGGACCACGGGACCGGGACCGGGACCGGGACGGGCAGGGGUGGGGGUGGGGGGUGGGCCAUGCCAGCGCCAAGUUCCGCGAGCUGCCACCAGAGGGCAGACAGGCUGCGUGGGGGUCGUUUCCUAAAUAAAGGCGGGUUCCAGCCACUGCCUGGACUGGAGGGUGGGACCCGGCCCCGAUGCGGUGGGUCCCCGGAACCCCGCUCUCGGGCCUGCUGAAAUGGGCCCCGUCCACGCCGCUGCCCACUCACCUGGGUUGGAGUCCGUUCAGCGGCUGUGCCUGGUUCUCCAUGACGACCCCACACCUCAGAGUUAAUGAGGACGGGCCCACAGGC